AAAAUAAAAAAUAAAAAAUAAAAUAGCAACGGAAAAUGCAAAACCCCGACAAAUGUUCAAUCUUCUUUACAGAGCUCCAGCAAAGAUUAUCUCAUUUCCUAUACCAACACCCAGUUUCUCAAUUUCAUGCGCUACACUUACCACCUCACCAUCUCAGCUUCUACAUCCGACCUCCCAAGAUGCUGCCUUGGCCAACCUUCUUCUCAAAUCAGAUUCAGAAGCUCUAACCCAAAAAAUUCUUCUCAACCCCAAUGUUGAAUGGACCCCAGAUCUGGCUGACAGUGUCCUCAAGCGCUUAUGGAACCAUGGACCCAAAGCCCUUCAAUUCUUCAAGGUCCUGGACCACCAUCCCACCUAUGCUCACUCCUCCUCAUCCUUCAACCAUGCUAUCGACAUCGCUGGUCGUUUGCGUGACUACAAGACCCUUUGGACACUAGUGGCUCGAAUGCGCACUCGUCGGCUUGGACCCAGCUCCAAAACUUUUGCAAUCAUUGCUGAGAGGUAUGUUGCUGCCGGAAAACCUGAUAGAGCUGUAAAAGUUUUUUUGUCUAUGCAUGAACAUGGUUGUCCUCAGGAUUUGAAUUCGUUCAAUACGAUUCUUGAUGUGCUGUGCAAAUCCAAACGUGUGGAAAAGGCUUAUAAUUUGUUUAAGGUUUUUAGGGGCAGGUUUAAGGCUGAUAGUGUUAGUUAUAAUAUUAUUGCAAAUGGGUGGUGUUUAAUUAAGCGUACGCCAAAGGCAUUGGAGGUGUUGGAAGAGAUGCUGAAGAGGGGAUUGAAUCCCAAUUUAACAACUUAUAAUAUAAUGCUUAAAGGGUAUUUUAGAGCUGGUCAGAUUAAAGAAGCUUGGGAAUUCUUUUGCCAAAUGAAGAAGAGGAAAUGUGAAAUUGAUGUUGUUACUUAUACUACUUUGGUUCAUGGGUUUGGUGUUGUUGGUGAGAUUAGAAAAGCCCAAAAGAUUUUCGAUGAGAUGGUUGGUGAGGGGGUGCUUCCUUCGGUUGCAACAUACAAUGCUUUGAUUCAGGUUUUGUGUAAGAAAGAUAAUGUGGAAAAUGCUAUUAUAGUUUUUGAAGACAUGGUGAGGAAGGGUUAUAUGCCUAAUUCGACAACUUAUACCGUGUUGAUUAGAGGAUUGUGUCAUGCAGGUCAAAUGGAAAGGGCAGUGGAGUUUAUUAACAGAAUGAAGGAUGAUGAGUGUGAACCAAAUGUUCAGAUAUACAAUGUUGUAAUCCGUUACUUUUGUGAUGCUGGAGAGAUAGAAAAAGGGUUGAACUUUUUUGAGAAGAUGAGCAGUGGGAAUUGCUUACCUAAUAUGGAUACAUAUAAUAUUUUGAUAAGUGCAAUGUUUGUGAGGAAGAAGUCAGAUGAUUUAUUGGUGGCUGGGAGGUUGUUGAUCGAGAUGGUUGACAGAGGAUUUCUGCCUCGGAAGUUUACUUUCAACAGAGUUUUGGAUGGGCUUCUGUUAACAGGCAACCAGGCUUUUGCAAAAGAAAUCUUGAGAUUGCAGAGCAGAUGUGGUCGGCUUCCUCGGCAGAUCAAAUUAUGAAAGCCUGUUUGCAUUCAGAGUGGAUCAUUAUGAUUGCAGAUUUGACUGACUGAGAACAUGUGAGUCUUCAUGUUUGGUGAAUUCAACUGGGGCUUCCAGAUUUGGUUGAACAAGGAAUUUUCAGUGUCCAAUUUGAGGCUUUCGGCGGUUAGUUUUGCAUGCAGUCCACAAGUAGGAUUGAACAAGAAUGUUAUAGCACACGUUUCAGCUCCUCAGCGGGUGAUGAUCUCAUCUGUAUCAAGGUUCCUUUAGUUCUUUCCUUGCUGUGAUAACAGAAGCUUGUACUUUUUAACUUCUAGUUCUACCAUUUUUUAAGCGAGAAAGAAAAAUUAUUAAACUGUUGUAUAUAUCUCUUUUUGGUUGUUUAUUUAUUUUUUGUGCAUUAUUAAAAUGCUUACAUUGGUUAAGUACUAACUGGAAUUUAUCUUGUUGCUAAAUAAAUGAAUGGUUGCUUUUAUACCUUUA